AUGGCGGCGCCCUGCGAAGUGGCCGCCGGCGAAAGUGAUGGCGGGGGCGGGGGAUUUGGAUCCUGGCUGGAGGGACGGUUGGAGGCACUGGGAGUGGACCAAACCGUUUACGGUUCCUACAUCCUUGGUGUCCUGCAGGAGGAGGAGGAAGAAGAGAAGUUAGACGCUCUGCAGGGUAUCCUAUCUGCUUUUCUGGAAGAAGAUUCCCUUCUUAAUAUCUGCAAGGAGAUUGUGGAACGAUGGUCUGAAACUCAGAAUGUUGUCACCAAAGUAAAAAAAGAAGAUGAGGUACAGGCCAUUGCCAUGCUCAUUGAGAAGCAGGCACAGAUUGUGGUGAAGCCCAGGAUGGUGUCAGAAGAGGAAAAACAGAGAAAAGCUGCCCUGCUGGCCCAGUAUGCUGAUGUAACAGAAGAAGAGGAUGAAGCAGAUGAGAAGGAUGAUUCAGGUGCCACCACGAUGAACAUUGGUUCUGAUAAUCUGUUUCCAAACACCAACGUAGAAGAUGUUCUCAAUGCUCGGAAAUUGGAGAGAGACUCACUUCGGGAUGAGUCCCAAAGGAAGAAGGAACAGGACAAGCUACAGAGGGAGAGAGACAAACUAGCCAAGCAGGAGUGCAAGGAAAAGGAAAAGAAAAGGACACAGAGAGGGGAGCGAAAGCGAUAACCCUGGCCUGUUCAAUUCUUCCUCUGCUUCCAGAACUUGAUGAAAGGGAAAACUGGUUGUGCAUAUGUGUAUUUAAGAGAAACAAGAGACAUUGCAUAGUGAUUUCCCAAGGCAUUUCCCCUUUUGUUUACAUGGUAAAAAGGAAAAUCACAAUCACUUCUAAUUACAAAAUGUUUUGGUGAUAUGGGUGAUCAGAUUAUUAUAGUCGAUGUCUGUACCAAAGAGCUGCAAUUGGGGCAAUCUUUAUAUUUUAAUACUGAAGUCCUGUGCUCCUUUUGGCUCCUGUUUUUAUAAAAUGUCUUCCCUCACCUUGGAUAAAUAGCAGGAUUCAGAAAGCUGUUAACAGCUUUCAUCUGGGAGAAGAAACAUGACCAUUCUUCUGAGAUGAAAAGUGUAAGUACAGAUUGCUUCAGAGGCAAUAUUUACUCCUAAAUGUACAGUUUUAUGGCUGAUAUAUAAAACUAAUAAGGAAGCCAGGUGGGGUGAUGCACACCUGUAAUCCCAGCUCUUGGGGAGACUGAGGCAGGAAGAUCACAAGUUUGAGACCAGCUUGGGCAACUUAGCAAGACCAGUCUCAAAAAAAAAAAAAAAAGCCUA